UACGUGCAUCAGCUUUGCGAUGAGACCCAGAUUGCCACAGAUGAAGCUAACACACCUCAAGCCAACAACUUCCCUCAAAUACAGCCGACUAUCGGUAAAGUGACGAUGAUAUAUGGCAACAGCACAACAUACGACAAAGCGCUAGAAACACAUGAAUUGCAUGGCAGACGGUUCAAUUAUCCACAAUUCAUUCUCCGUCAACCUAUCCUUGACGGUACAUUUAACAAAUAUGCCAUUCUUCUAUCCCUGGUCCUCCAGGAAUUGGCAAAACCAGAAGGUCAAAGAUUAGAGUGGCUUUUUUGGCAUGAUAGCGACACAGUUCUCAUGAACCCCAAUAUGCCUCUUGAGGUCUUCCUCCCACCCGAUCACUUCGGAGACGUCCACUUGUUACUAACAAAAGACUGGAACGGAAUGAAUAAUGGAGUUUUCUUCCUCCGCGUACACGAAUGGUCUGUAAAUCUACUAUCCGCCGCAAUCGCCUACCCAACGAUCCAUCCAGACGUCGAAUUAUUCUGGCCCGAUCAAUCAGCUUUAACGAACCUUUUCAACGAGAACGAAAUAUUUGCGCGAUCCGUGGUUUACUGCCCCUUGCGAUGGUUCAAUGCCUAUAUGCGGUCACCAGAUGGGCGGAAACAAAACAAGGAUUCACCUGCACGUUUCCAGGUACACCCUGGAGAUUUGCUGGUUCAUUUCCCAGGUACGCCCCGCGAGCAUCUCAACCACACGCUGUUUCCAUAUCUUCAGAUUGCCCAAGGACAUGAAGCGGAGUGGGAGCCAACGCUUGAGAAAACGGAGUAUAUUCAGGAAACGAGCACCUUCUGGGGGACGAUUAAUCGACAACCUUACUUACCCAAACCCAAAAAUAAGCCUUCACCAAAGGUUGAGGUGACUCAAGAGCAAGAUCCGGAGAUAAGCUUAGACCCGGAACAGCCUGAGGCACAAGAGUUUUAG